AUGGUGUUGAGAUCCUUCGAGGUGGUGGUGGUGUUGAGAUCCUUCGAGGUGGUGGAGGUGUUGAGAUCCUUCGAGGUGGUGGAGGUGUUGAGAUCCUUCGAGGUGGUGAUGGUGUUGAGAUCCUUCGAGGUGGUGGUGGUGUUGAGAUCCUUCGAGGUGGUGGAGAGGAAUCUGAAUCUUGACCCUACAUCUGAGCCAGAAGGCAGCAAAAUGGAGCUAGCUGGACCACCUCAGAAAUGUGUCAUAUGUGGAGAAGAGUUCCAAUUUUCACAAAUCAAAGCUCAUAGAGAUCCAGCAAUUGGAGAUGGCGUGACUCGUCACAUCUUUGCCACAAUCAUGUCCAAACUUCAGUUUGGUUUUGACAUUAGUUUUGCUCCAGGAGGGACUCUUCUUUUUGAGGGAGGUGGCUGCUGGAUAAACUACUUCUCCAUGCUGUCCUUGGAAGAACCUCCAAACAAGUCAAGCACUUACGACGAGGCCUGA